UUUUUUUUUUUUUUUACCAUUCAUUCAACUAAAAAUUGAGGUUCUUCCUUGCUGGAUGUGAUCUGUCUCUUUGAAAUCACCUUUCUUUUUGCAUAAAUUCUUGUCAUCAUGAAACCAACAAGUCUAUACUUUCUGCUACCUCUUGUUUUCCAUCUUGAUUUUCCUCGCCAGGCGGCUGCAGUACUUUUGCCACCAAACGCACGGCAUCAAUCGAACGUCGCAGCUUUUGUUCAACAUUCUCAGACUCAAACCAACGACCAAGUCUCGUCGAGAAUCAGCUUGAUUUCGUCUGAAAGGAGAUGGAAUGUUGUGACAGGGUCACUUGCCAAUGCCAGAGAUCCACCACAUGAUGCUCUGUUUUAUCGAGAACCUUUACUACGCGACAUAGAAAUUGGCUAUUCUCGAGAUGAACCAUUCGUGCCCGUGAAUGGAAAUGUUCCAACGAAUGGUCAUCCACCAGCUUUGUACAACCAUCUGCAAAAGCGGGGAAAUGGAUCGACAUUCACGAAUCAGCCACAUAACGGUGCUGCAUUCAAUAUCAUUCACGUUAUGGCCGCUGUGCUCGGUAUUAUAGCAGCUACAAUCGUCACUAUUGUUGUUUUCAUCAUGUACCGUCGCCGCCGGAGAAGACAGGCCCGGCGAACCGAUGAUACCGAAAAAUCCGCAUCAUCGAUGGUGGGCGUUCCCCACCUCUCAUCCCCGUCCCCCGCAGCUGCGUCAACUCGGUUAACACAGUUUGUAAAUAAUUACUAUUAUGACGAACGUCAACAUGCUGUGGAGCCCGAUUCCAAUCCACUGAACACAAACAUCUCUUCCGAUACGGCGUCAGGCGCGAGUCCAACCAUUGUCACCCCAUCCAUGCAACAAUACAGGUUACAGCUGAAAUUAUUACAGCGACAUGACGAACAACGACAGAAACAACGACCGCAUCCAGGGCCACCGUCUCGUUCUUCGCAGCCGUUGGACCCACCGCCACCUCCAUAUGAACUUUAACCCAGCAGUUACCUUUACCUUGUUCUCUUAUCUGUACAACUACUUUCAUCUUGUAAAUAGCAUAUUUAUCUUUUUUCUUUUUUUUCUCUCAUACUGCAUCAAUAGAAUUCUCGGAAGAUAAACUGCAGUAGCAUGAUCUGACUGUUUGUUGUCCAACCUUGAACCUUAUAAAGCACAAAUAACUU